GCCUGCGCGCGUUCCGGGGCGGCCGCGGUGGGACCGAGCGGCCUGUCGAGUUUUUUUCCUCUCACCGCUUUUUCUCGGCAGGGCUUCGAGCCUCCCCCACGCCACCGCCAAGAUGCCGCGGAUUAUGAUUAAAGGCGGGGUGUGGCGGAACACCGAGGAUGAAAUUCUGAAAGCAGCUGUGAUGAAAUAUGGCAAAAACCAGUGGUCUCGUAUUGCUUCUUUAUUGCACAGAAAAUCAGCAAAGCAGUGCAAAGCCAGAUGGUAUGAAUGGCUCGACCCCAGCAUCAAAAAGACAGAGUGGUCACGGGAAGAGGAGGAGAAACUGUUGCAUCUGGCCAAGCUAAUGCCAACCCAGUGGAGAACCAUAGCUCCAAUUAUUGGGAGAACUGCAGCCCAGUGUUUGGAACACUAUGAAUUUCUGCUGGACAAAGCUGCUCAAAGAGACAAUGAGGAAGAAACUGCUGAUGAUCCUCGGAAACUUAAACCUGGAGAAAUUGAUCCAAACCCAGAAACCAAACCAGCCCGGCCUGAUCCUAUUGAUAUGGAUGAGGAUGAACUUGAAAUGCUGUCUGAAGCUAGAGCUCGCCUGGCUAAUACACAAGGAAAGAAGGCUAAAAGAAAAGCAAGAGAGAAGCAGCUGGAAGAAGCCAGACGACUUGCUGCUCUCCAGAAAAGACGAGAACUUCGGGCUGCUGGAAUUGAGAUCCAGAAGAAAAGAAAGAAGAAGAGAGGUGUGGAUUAUAAUGCAGAAAUUCCAUUUGAAAAAAAGCCUGCCCCUGGUUUUUAUGAUACCUCAGAGGAAAACUACCAGUCCUUGGAUGCAGAUUUCAGGAAGCUACGUCAGCAAGACCUGGAUGGAGAACUAAGAUCUGAAAGGGAGGGGAGAGAGCGCAAAAAAGACAAACAACAUAUGAAACGGAAAAAAGAGUCAGACUUGCCUUCAGCUAUUCUACAGACUAGUGGAGUGUCAGAAUUUACCAAAAAAAGAAGUAAACUAGUGCUUCCAGCUCCUCAGAUAUCUGAUAUAGAACUUGAAGAAGUUGUAAAAGUAGGCCAGGCGAGUGAGAUUGCACGACAGACUGCUGAAGAAUCUGGAAUUACAAACUCAGCUUCCAGCACUCUUCUAUCUGAAUAUAAUGUGACCAACAACAGCAUAGCACUAAGGACUCCCAAAACUCCGGCAGCACAGGACAGGAUUCUGCAGGAAGCCCAGAACUUGAUGGCUCUCACAAAUGUGGAUACCCCUCUGAAAGGAGGUCUUAACACUCCCUUGCAUGAAAGUGACUUUUCAGGAGUAACACCGCAGAAACAGGUUGUUCAGACACCGAAUACUGUGCUUUCUACACCCUUCAGAACACCUUCUCAUGGACCAGAAGGCUUAACUCCUCGUGGAGGACUAACUCCUAAACCUGUGGUUGGUACAACUCCUGGUAGAACUCCACUGCGUGAUAAAUUGAACAUCAACCCGGAAGAGGGAAUGGUAGAUUACAGUGACCCAUCUUAUGCAAAACAAAUGGAGAGAGAGUCUCGUGAACACCUGCGCCUUGGGCUCAUGGCUCUUCCUGCUCCAAAGAACGACUUUGAGAUUGUUCUGCCUGAAAAUGCAGAGAAAGAGCUUGAGGAACAUGAAGUAGAUGAAGCUUUUGUAGAAGAUGCUGCUGAUAUAGAUGCCCGCAAGCAGGCUCUCCGUGAUGCCGAGCGUGCAAAGGAACUGAAGAGGAUGCACAAAGCUGUUCAGAAGAAUCUACCACGGCCCUCAGAAGUUAAUGAAACUAUACUGAGACCUUUAAAUGUGGAGCCACCUCUGACAGACUUGCAGAAAAGCGAAGAGCUAAUAAAGAAAGAGAUGAUUACUAUGCUUCAUUAUGAUCUUUUACACCAUCCGUUUGGAGAACAGCCUAGUGGUAAGAAGGGGAAAGGCCCAGGAUUUGGAAGCAACAAUGCAGAACAUAUGGCUUACUUGGAACAAAAUCCUUAUGAGAAGUUCUCCAAAGAGGAUCUAAAGAAGGCACAGGAUCUACUGGCACAAGAGAUGGAAGUGGUAAAGCAAGGAAUGGGGCAUGGAGAACUCUCAAGUGAAGCUUAUAACCAGGUGUGGGAAGAAUGUUACAGCCAAGUGUUAUACCUGCCUGGACAGAGCCGCUACACAAGGGCUAACUUGGCCAGCAAAAAAGACAGGAUAGAGUCACUUGAAAAGAGACUUGAGAUAAACAGAGGUCACAUGACAACUGAAGCAAAGAGGGCUGCCAAGAUGGAGAAGAAGCUAAAGAUCUUGCUUGGUGGAUAUCAGUCUCGAGCAAUGGGCCUCAUCAAACAACUGAAUGAUUUGUGGGACCAAAUAGAACAGGCGCAUCUGGAGCUACGUACUUUUGAGGAACUGAAGAAACAUGAAGAUGCUGCAAUCCCUCGGAGACUGGAGUGUCUGAAGGAAGAUGUGCAGCGACAGCAGGAGAGAGAAAAGGAGCUACAGCAGAGAUUUGCUGACUUCAUGUUGGAUAAAGAGACUUUUCAAGCGAAGUAUUAAAGCACAAAAUUUCAUUCAUCACUGAUUUAACAUUUUUAAGGUGUACAGAUACUUCAUCAGCUUUUUCCAUCAGUUGCAGAAACCAGUGUAGUCUGCUGUUUGCAUCUUGUCAGGUUUUGUUCCUUUAAUGGACUGUUAUUUCAAAUGCUGUAGGUAUGAAUGGCUUUAGUCAGUGUUAAAAAUCGGAUUGAAAUGUCUGACAUUUUAUUAAAAGGAAAAAAUCCCAACAAUCACUCUGGUAUGAUUUUAAGACAUGUCUUAAUUUCCUAGGAUUAUGACAAUAUUCAGUGUUUUGUCAGUCUAAGGACCUGUAAGACACAUGCUGCUUUUUCUUCCCCAAGACUGUAAUUUUUAUAGGAAAGACCUGUGUGGGGUAAUUGUAGUUCACGCAUUACCUUGGUCCCAAUUCUUCUGUAUGCAUGUGGCUAAACACUUCAAUUUUUAGCACAAUGUUAAAGUGGUUAUACUUGCAGUAAGCAUAACUUCACUGUAGAAGUUAUGUAGAAGAAGUGUAGAAGACGGUUUCCAAGGCUAUGUCCAUAUGCCUUACACAUCACAGACCCUGGAACUCAAUUGCUUGUUCUGUUGAGUUUUUACAAUGGUCCUUUGCUGCAUUUUGGCUCUGAUCAACCUUCAAAACAUCUCCAGGUCAUGGUUUGUGAACUAAUAUAGGCCAGAGACACUGAGAAUGAUGCUCAGUAAGCCAUGGGGAUGUGGCCACCCUUGGCAGUUGAAUUGCAUAAGUCUGUGCUGUGACAGUUAACCCGAGUGCCUGGGAGUGUGCUGUGGACAUGGUUGAGUCUCACAAGGUUGCUGUUGCACAGCAUGGUUCAAGGAUUUAAGGAGUCAUGACAUUGUACCUUUGAGAUCCUUCCUAACUUCCUGUUGCUCCUUGAAAGCAGGUUACUCAGCAUGCUUUGUUGCCCACUCCCUGUUUACUACUCCUCUCACUGCGUUGUGGCAGGUUUUCAUUUUCUCCCUGCUUUGACUGUUCUUCUGAAGGGUGAGGAAGGGAUUACUGAAAGGGGUGCAUGCAUUAUUUCCUAUUCGUUGAGGUACUUCUCUAAAUCUCAAUUAAAAAUCUUUCUGAGUGCUUUUCAUUUCAGACCACACUCAUCAGAUGUUACUGUUAAAAGUUUUGUCAGCUAUUCCCAAUGCUUUUAAUACCUGCAUUUGCCAGAGUUGGGCAUCUCUUUAGAAAAUUGCUUUCAUGCUUUUAUUCCGGUGUUCUUCAUCGCUUCUUCAGGGCUCCACCUCAGUUCUAGCUCUCACACUUUGGAUCUUUUGAGCAAUUGUUUAUGGAAAUGCCAUGGGGGAAAAGGUAAAAAUGUAUUGUUAACAGCCGAGAAUUCAGCAAUUAAAUGCAUCCAGUUGCAA